UAAUAUAGACCAAGGAUUUGGUAAUUAACGUCAUUUUGUAUGGAAUCCGAAACGUUUUGGAUUCAGAAACGGAAUUUCCGAAUGCAUAGCCCAGCUUUGAGCUCAGCUCAAAAUUUGAGCACCUGCUACUUAAUGACAUUUGACAUUGACACAUUAUUAAAUGAAUGUUGAUACCUUGGUUGGAAAAUUAUCGUCAGGCAACGAUGAAGCCACAAUCUAAAAAUUAAAUUGAAUUGAAGUUGUAAAGUGUCAUGUUGAAAGUUUGUAAAAAAACUGUAAUACUUAACAAAAAAGGAUUAACUUACUUUAGUGAGGUAACCACAAUUACUCCAAAAAACCACAUUUGCCCGCGUCCCAUAAAUAGAUAUUGUAAUAAUCCAUAAAAUGAGCCAGCCAAAAGAUUUGUCGCGCAUAACCACAGAGGAUGGCGUCGUAGUUGGAUAUGUUGAGAGGAGGGAUGAAAAAACAUACCACAAAUUUAGACAAAUUCCAUAUGCUAAACCACCCCUAGGAAACUUACGAUUUUUGCCACCUUUACCUGUUACUCCCUGGAUGGAAGAAUUAGAUUGCACAAAAGAGCCAUUGACAGCUGUAACUUGGGAUUUUAAUCAGAAAAUUGUGGGAUCCGAAGAUUGCCUUUUUGUUGAUAUCUCUACACCAAAUACCCAACCAGACAAACCUAUGGCGGUCAUGUUCUGGAUUGGAAGUUAUGCAUUUUUUUACAACAUGGACUUUCUAUUUGAUCCUUCACAUAUUAACAAUCAAGAUAUUGUGUUGGUUCGUUGUAGUUUUAGGCUAGGAGUAUUUGGAUUUCUUUCUACUAAUGACAUGACAGCCCCUGGAAACUGUGGUUUGAAAGAUAUAGUAUUGGCUUUAAAAUGGGUAAAAAAAAAUAUACAUCACUUUGGUGGAGAUCCCAAUAAUAUAACUAUAUUCGGAAACAGUUCAGGUGGAGCUGCUGUCCACUACCUUAUGCUAUCACCUAUGGCAGCCGGUUUAUUCCACAAAGCAAUUAUUCAAAGUGCAAGUGCUUUAAACAACUGGGCCAUAGAGAAAAAUCCCACUCAGCCUGUUAUGGACUUGGCCAGAAUAUUAGGUAUAAACACAACUUGCAAAGUAGAACUACUUGACAAGUUAAGAACGACGUCUGUUAAUGAUAUUAUGAAAGCUUGCGCAAUGCUAGAUGCAGAACUAUCUAAAAAUAAAGAACUAAUUGACUCCGUUUUUAAACCUUGCAUUGAAGUUGAAUUUGAGGGUCAAUCAGCUUUUAUAACUAAAAGCCCAGCACUGCUUAUGAAAACAGGAAAUUUUACCAAGGUUCCGUUAAUCAUAGGAAGUAAUAAUAUAGAGGGUGCUGUCAUACAGUUUAUAAUAGAGGAUUAUUACGAUUUUGAGAAGUACAAUAAAAAUGUUAACUUACUUGUACCAAAAUCACUUGGAGGAGACCCACAUACAACAAAAAAUAUAGGUCAACAACUUUUAAGAUUUUAUUUGGGCGGAGAAGAACAGCUUCGUGAAGAUACUAGAACACAAUACUUACAACUUAUCAGUGAUUACUACUUUUUAUACUAUGUAAAUAAAACGGUAGCUCUACUUAGUAAACAUUCAAACAAUUGUCCAAUCUACUAUUAUGUAGUCAAUUAUGCAGGAGAGUGGGCAGUUCCAAAGGAUUUACAUCUAUUCAAUACACCUGGACAUUGUGCAGAAAUACCAUUUGUGUUUGGUAUAUUAUCAAACAACGAUGGUGAAACUCUCAUUAAAGGUAGCAGAGAUUCAGUAACAACAAGAAACAGAAUGGUGAAGAUGUGGACAAAUUUUGCUAAAUACGGAAACCCUACACCAAAUGAGGAUGACCCACUACUCCAAAUUACUUGGGACCCAGUUGAUAACAGUGAAAGGCUAAAUUAUUUAAGUAUAGGUUCAGAACUUACAAAGGGAAGAAAUCCAUAUUAUGAACGAAUGAAGUUUUGGGAUAAUCUCUACAAAGAACACACAUUCCUCCGAGUGCAAAUGUACUUUAAUGAUUUGGGUGUAUGUUUUUGAAUAAUAUAAAUAUUAUAUUUAUAUUAACACAAGGUACAAAAUGCGUACUGAGACACGUACCUACAGCUACUAAUUUAGCCACUUUUAAAAAUAUAUUUUUAAAGAUUUAAUUACGAUAAUGUUAUUUAACUAUAGAUUUAUCAAUGUACUUUUCAUUGGAAUAUUAAAAGUUCCAGUUUUCACUUGGCAAGACCAAACAAUAAUGACUUUCAAUAAUGCCAAAUUAGUGUUUAAGUCAAAUAUUAUUUACCGUUAAAAUAAAAGAAGAAUGUUUAUGUAACAGUGUGUUUUUAAUUUGAAGCACUAUCUAUAUAUAGUAUAAUCAAUUCACUCAAAAUGGUCUUGGUAUGAAGAAUAUUAAUAAAUAAAGCAGACGAAAGAAUCUAAAUAAACAGAUAUUAUUUAAUAACAGUAAUUUUAAAUGUAAUAAUGUUUGUAUAAAUCGACGGUUGUAAGGCUAACUGACACAUUUUUGGUGAUAUUAAGUUAUAUACAUACUUAGAAUUUGUGUAACUUUCUUUCGUUUGAACCUAGUUUAAAUUUUUAAAAUAAAAAACGCAUCUCAAGUCUAUUUGCUUUACAAUUGUCGCGUCGAUAUAUCACAUAUAUUUUUUUUUAAUCUAUUGGCUUCGGUUACAAAAAUUUAUAAACAUUGUGAGAAUUUUGCGUGACUGACCUCUUAAAGAUUUUUUUUCAUAUGGGAUGCCUUUGUACGAUUGAAAGUUGGGGUUUUUACAACUCUAUAUAUUUUUUAUCUGGAUACGACUGCACUCUUCCGCACUCGUACAACGACUAACCAAUAAUGACAAAUUUAAAA